UGGCAUCUUGUCCAGAACACCAAACAUACAAGGAAAAAGUAUUGGAGUAACUGCAGGGAAUAUGACAGAAGCCACAAUACAGACCUUUGUUAUCAUUGCCUGUGUGUAAGGCCUGUUGCAAUCCUGGAAUGAGCCUUGAACUGUGUGCAGACCAUGUUUAGGCAUAAAUAUUUUUUGCACAUAGAUCUCAUAUGAAGCUACAGCUGCCUUCAUUUCUUAAGUCUUUGCACUUCACAACAAAUGAUUUCCUCUUUUUCUUUAUUUUCACUUCCAGGCUCCAUUUUCAGAUUUUCUAGACCUAAGACUACUGCUAAUCUAUAUUAAAUAAAAAGAUAUAUUUUCCCAGAAGCCUAUAUACAUGUGUCUCCUCAGGAGCUCUAACUUUUUGUCCUCUACUUCAUCUGAGAAUGCAUCUGGAUUUCCUCUUGAGAGUACCAUGGGAAACAUGGAAGGAAAUGGCAAGACUGAAACAAAAAAAAAACCUGGAAUUACUAUGGAGAAAAAUAAUAGGCAGCUGCAUAGUAAACAGUCUAGAACAACAUGUCAGAUCUCCAAUAAAAAAAAUAGAAUUGAGGAAUCAGAAAACAAAGAACAGAUCACUGGUUCUACAAGCCAACAAACUCUCUGGGGCAGGACUUUCCAAUAUUUUGGUGCCCAGGAGGGGACUCAUGAGCCUGAUGCAGAUCUGGAUUAUGAGACUGAAAUUUCUGAUACAACCAGAAGUGUAGAUGCUUCAGAAAGCUCCAAACAGAUCAAGCGUAAGAGGACUCCUUGCAUGUAUGGAACAGGCUGUUACAGGAAGAAUCCCAUUCACUUUCAGCAAUUCAGUCACCCUAGUGAUGAUGAUUAUCACGAAACAGAUAUUUUAACUGAAGGUAAUGAUGAUAACCAUCCUGAAUGUCCGUAUGGAACCGCUUGUUAUAGGAAGAAUCCACAGCAUAAGCUGGAGUACAAGCACACUGCACCUCCAGGAACUGAAAGACAAACCCAACAGCGAACCUCAAAGAAUGGAAAAAGGGCUUUGGAGGAAGACAGUGAUAAUGAUGGUGAACCAAAUGAAUAUGAUCUUAAUGACAGCUUCAUAGACGAUGAGGAAGAGGAGUGUGAACCUACUGAUGAAGAUUCUGAUUGGGAACCAAGUUCAGAAGACAAGGAUAAUGAAGAUGUCAAAACACUUGUGAAAGAAGCACAUAGAUUUGUUAAGACCAAAAAGUAGCUGCACUGAAUAAAAUUAAGAAUGUCUGAUCCAGUUAUGUUAAAACUCCAAUGUGCAAGGAGAGGAAUUGCUCUUAAAACUACUUUUUUCUCAGUGAUGAAGGCACUAUAGGAAGAUUUUAACAGGGCUGAGGGGAUUCAGCAAUACCAUUCCUUUUGGGUGUAUUUUGUGAUAUUUCUGUUUUAUGAAGUGGUGGAGCCAAAUGAUUGAGCUCUGGGAUUAUACUGUGUGUCAGUUGCAGUAGGACUUCUUAAAAAUAGAAAUUUCUCAGUUACUUCUUCUCCAACACCAUUAGGCUUGAAACACAAUUUUAAAACUUUGUAAUGCUUUGUCUUCCUGUGUUUGAAAUAAAUAGUGACAUUAGGAAGUCUUUAGUUUUGCUGAAACACAAUAUAUACUGGAAUGAAGAAGAGCUAGAUUUCAUACUUGCCGUAUUGCAGGCUGGUUCAUGGCCAUGACUGGGGAAAUCUGUCUAAGCCAUAUUAUGUGUCCUUUACAGUUAGUGUCACCUCAAAUUUCAUUAAUCUGCUACUAGCUUUCAUUUUAGGUAUCUUUCCUUUGAUUGUCUUUAUGUACAGUAGUUAAAUACUGGUUAUCUAAAUAAUUUCAGAACAGUAUCUAAAUGUACUGAACCUCUGCUCAUGUCCCAGCACCAAUUAUGGUGUAUUUGCUCCAAUUACAGUAACAGUUUCAGUACAUGUACAUCACUGUAACUGUGGUCAGUUAACAACAAAGCUGAAAUCUUAAUGACUGUAUUUUUGCACAAUUAAACUUGUACUAUACUGUGGGAAA